AUGAAUUAUUCAUCAUUACUUAGAAUUUGGGUCUCUUUCAUCUUCGCACUCGUGUGGCACCAAGCUGAGCCCAGGGAGCUCAUGUAUCCAUUCUGGCAGAAUGACACCAAAACCCCUAAAGUAGACGACGGAAGCUCAUCUGAGAUUAAGUUGGCCACCCCCAUUUUCUUCUUUGGCGUUCCUUACCGCACCAUCUAUGUCAAUAACAAUGGAGUAGUUUCCUUCAAUGUGCUAGUGAGCCAGUUCACGCCAGAAUCCUUUCCCCUGACGGAUGGGAGGGCCUUCAUUGCUCCCUUUUGGGCCGAUGUUCACAAUGGAAUUCGAGGCGAGAUCUAUUACAGAGAGACCAUGGACCCUGUCAUCUUGAAAAGAGCCACCAAGGACAUCCGGAAGUACUUCAAAGACAUGGCAACCUUCUCUGCCACUUGGGUUUUCAUUGUGACAUGGGAGGAAGUUACGUUUUACGGAGGGAGCAGCACCACACCUGUGAACACCUUCCAGGCUGUCCUGGUGUCCGAUGGAUCCUAUACAUUCACGCUUUUCAAUUAUUAUGAAAUCAACUGGACCACUGGGACGGCGAGCGGCGGCGACCCCCUGACCGGCCUUGGGGGAGUGAUGGCACAGGCAGGAUUUAAUGGUGGAAACCUCACCAAUUUCUUCAGCCUCCCGGGGUCAAGAACCCCUGAUAUUGUGAAUAUCCAAGAGACCACGAACGUCAACGUUCCAGGCCGCUGGGCAUUUAAAGUUGAUGGGAAGGAAAUUGACCCAGCCAAUGGCUGCACCUCCAGAGGACAGUUCCUUCGGCGAGGGGAGGUGUUUUGGGAUGACCUGAACUGUACCAUCAAAUGUCGCUGCCUGGAUUUCAACAAUGAGAUCUACUGCCAGGAGGCCUCCUGCAGCCCCUACGAACUGUGUGAACCCAAAGGCAAAUUCUUCUACUGCAGCCCCGUGGAGACCAGCACGUGCGUGGUGUUCGGGGAGCCACACUACCACACUUUUGAUGGCUUCCUCUUCCACUUCCAAGGCUCCUGUGCCUACCUGUUGGCCCGACAGUGUUUGCAGACUUCCAGCCUCCCCUUCUUCAGCGUGGAGGCCAAGAACGAACACCGCGGGGGCUCAGCUGUCUCCUGGGUGAAGGAGCUCUCCGUGGAGGUCAACGGCUACAAGAUUCUCAUCCCCAAAGGAAGCUACGGAAAAGUCAAGGUUAAUGACCUAGUGACUUCCUUGCCGGUCACAUUAGACUUGGGGGCGGUGAAAAUCUACCAGAGUGGCAUGUCUACUGCCGUGGAAACAGAUUUUGGGCUCUUAGUGACGUUUGAUGGCCAGCACUACGCCUCCAUUUCCAUCCCAGGCUCCUAUAUAAACUCCACAUGCGGCCUCUGUGGGAACUACAAUAAAAACCCCCUGGAUGACUUCCUCCGCCCAGACGGCAGGCCGGCCAUGUCCAUCCUGGACCUCGGAGAGAGCUGGCGGGUCUACCACGCCGACUGGAAGUGUGAUGCAGGCUGUGUGGACAACUGCACCGUGUGUGACGUGGCCACCGAAGCGCUCCUCUUUGGCCCUGACUACUGUGGCUUCCUCAACAGGACGGACGGCCCCCUGUGGGAGUGCGGCACUGUCAUGGACCCCACGGCCUUUGUGCACAGCUGUGUGUACGACCUGUGCAGCGUGAGGGACAAUGGGACGCUCCUCUGUCAGGCCAUCCAAGCCUACGCGCUCGUGUGCCAAGCCCUGGGCAUUCCAAUCGGAGACUGGCGAGUCCAGACGGGGUGUGUGUCCACGGUGCAGUGCCCGAGCUUCAGCCACUACUCCGUGUGCACCAGCAGCUGCCCGGACACCUGCUCGGACCUGACGGCCUCCCAGAGCUGCACCAUGCCGUGCACAGAGGGCUGCGAGUGUAAUGAGGGCUUUGUGCUCAGCACCAGCCAGUGCGUCCCAUUGCACAAGUGUGGCUGUGAUUUCAAUGGCCACUACUACACCAUGGGGGAGUUCUUCUGGGCCACGGCCAACUGCACGGUGCAGUGCCUUUGUGAGGAGGGUGGGGACGUCUACUGCUUCAACAAGACCUGCCGGGGCGGGGAGGUGUGUGCCGUGGAGGACGGCUACCAGGGCUGCUUCCCCAAGCGCGAGACCGUGUGCCUGCUCAGCCAGAACCAGGUGCUGCACACCUUCGAUGGCGCUGCCUAUGCCUUCCCUGCCGAGUUCUCCUACACCCUCCUUAAGACCUGCCCUGAGCGGCCUGAGUACGUGGAAAUCGACAUCAACAAGAAGAAGCCCGAUGUGGGGCCCGCGUGGCUGCGAGGCCUUCGCAUCCUGGUGGCCAACCAGGAGGUCAAGAUAGGAGGAGUCGGGGCUUCGGAAGUCAAGCUGAAUGGUCAGGAAGUGGAAUUACCUUUUUUCCAUCCUUCGGGGACGCUGGAAAUCUAUCGAAACAAAAACAGCACGACGGUGGAGUCCAGGAGUGUUGUGACCGUCCAGUACUCGGACAUCGGUCUGCUGUACAUCCGGCUCUCCACCGUUUAUUUCAAUUGCACAGGCGGGCUGUGUGGCUUCUUUAAUGCAAACAUCAGCGAUGAGUUCUGUCUCCCCAGUGGCAAGUGCACGGACAACCUGGCGGUGUUCCUGGAAAGCUGGACAACCUUCGAGGAGAUCUGCAACGGGGAGUGUGGGGACCUGCUGAAGGCUUGCAACAAUGACUCGGAGCUGCUCAAAUUUUAUCGGAGCCGCUCCAGGUGUGGCAUCAUCAAUGACCCCUCCAACAGCUCCUUCCUCGAGUGCCACGGGGUGGUCAAUGUCACCGCCUACUACCGCACCUGCCUCUUCCGCCUGUGCCAGAGCGGGGGUAAUGAGUCAGAACUCUGUGACUCCGUGGCACGGUAUGCAAGCGCUUGCAAGAACGCCGAUGUGGAGGUGGGCCCCUGGCGGACCUAUGACUUCUGCCCUCUGGAAUGCCCGGAGAACAGCCAUUUUGAGGAGUGCAUGACGUGCGUGGAGACCUGUGAGACGCUGGCCCUGGGCCCCAUCUGUGUGGACAGCUGCUCUGAGGGCUGUCAUUGUGACGAGGACUAUGCCCUGCAAGGCAACCUGUGUGUCAUCCGCAGCGAGUGCGGCUGCAACUUUGAGGGCCACCAGCUUGCCACCAAUGAGACCUUCUGGGUGGACAUGGACUGCCAGAUCUUCUGCUACUGCAACGGCACAGACAACAAUGUCCACUGCGAGAGCAUCCCGUGCAAGGGGGACGAGUACUGCAUGGAGGAGGGAGGCCUGUACUACUGUCGGCCCCGAACUGACGCCUCCUGCAUCGUCUCGGGCUAUGGCCACUACCUCACCUUUGAUGGCUACCCCUUUGACUUCCAGACCAGCUGCCCCCUCAUCCUGUGCACCACAGGAAGCAGGCCAAGCUCAGACACUUUGCCCAAGUUUGUUGUCACGGCCAAGAACGAGGACCGGGACCCGUCGCUGGCCUUGUGGGUCAAGCAGGUGGAUGUGACCGUGUUUGGCUACAGCAUUGUGAUCCACAGGGCCUACAAGCACACAGUCCUGGUCAACAAUGAACGCUUGUAUCUGCCCCUGAAGCUGGGACAAGGGAAAAUAAAUAUCUUUUCCUUUGGCUUCCACGUGGUGGUGGAGACGGAGUUUGGCCUCAAGGUCGUGUAUGACUGGAAGAGCUUCCUGUCGGUCACAGUCCCCCGGAGCAUGCAGAAUGGCACGGUCGGCCUGUGUGGCCGCUAUAACAGCAACCCCGAAGAUGAUCUGGAGAUGCCCAUGGGUCUGCUUGCUUCCAGCAUCAGUGAGUUUGGGCAGAGCUGGGUGAAGAGGGACACCUUUUGCCAGGUUGGCUGUGGGGAUCACUGCCCUUCAUGCGCCAAGGUGGAAGUGUUCUCCAAGGUGCAGCAGCUGUGCAACCUGAUCCCCAACCAGAAUGCCGGCUUCACCAAGUGUCACAGCAAAGUGGACCCCGCCUUCUUCUACAAGAACUGCCUGUUUGACUCUUGCAUCGAUGGGGGCGCGGUACAGACCGCCUGCAGCUGGCUGCAGAACUACGCCAGCACCUGCCAGACUCAGGGGAUCGCCGUGACUGGCUGGAGGAAUUACACGUCCUGCUCCGUCACCUGCCCUCCCAACAGCCACUAUGAGAGCUGCGUGGGUGUGUGUCAGCCGCGCUGUGCUGCCAUCCGCCUCAAGAGCGACUGCAACCACUACUGCGUGGAGGGCUGUCAGUGUGACGCGGGCUACGUCCUCAACGGCAAGAGCUGCAUCCUGCCCCACAGCUGCGGCUGCUACUCGGAUGGCAAAUACUACGAGCCCAAGCAGCUGUUCUGGAACAGCGACUGCACGCGGCGCUGCCGCUGCUUCCGGCGCAACCUGAUCCAGUGCGACCCGCGCCAGUGCAAGUCCGACGAGGAGUGCGCGCUGCGCAACGGGGUGCGCGGCUGCUUCAGCACCAAGACCUCCUAUUGCCUGGCGGCGGGCGGCGGCGUCUUCCGCACCUUCGACGGUGCCUUCCUCCGCUUCCCCGCCAACUGUGCCUUCGUGCUCUCCACCAUCUGCCAGAAGCUGCCCGACAUCUCCUUCCAGCUCAUCAUCAACUUCGACAAGUGGUCGGCGCCCAACCUCACCAUCAUCUCGCCCGUCUACUUCUACAUUAAUGAAGAGCAGAUUCUCAUCAACGACCGGAACACUGUCAAGGUGAAUGGCACACAAGUGAAUGUUCCAUUUAUAACUGGGCUGGCAACCAAAAUCUACAGCAGCGAGGGGUUCCUGGUGAUAGACACCAGCCCUGACAUCCAGAUCUACUACAAUGGUUUCAACGUCAUAAAAAUCAGCAUCAGUGAGAGGCUGCAGAACAAAGUGUGUGGCCUCUGUGGCAACUUCAAUGGGGACUUAACAGAUGACUAUGUGACCUUGCGGGGGAAGCCAGUGGUGAGCAGCGUGGUACUGGCCCAGAGCUGGAAAACCAAUGGCAUGCAGAAGAGACGUCUCACCUCUAGCUGCAACGAGCUGCAGUUCUCUCAGUACGCGGCCAUGUGUGAUAACGUGCACAUCCAGAAGAUGCAGGGUGACAGCUACUGCCUGAAGCUCACGGACAUGAAGGGCUUCUUCCAGCCCUGCUACGGGCUUCUGGACCCCCUCCCCUUCUACGAGUCCUGCUACCUGGACGGUUGCUACAACCACCACAAGUCCCAGCUCUGUGGCUCCCUGGCAGCCUAUGGGGAGUCCUGUCGCUCCUUCGGGAUCCUCAGCACCGAGUGGAUCGAGAAGGAGAAUUGCUCAGGAGUGGUUGAAGAUCCCUGUGUGGGGGCGGACUGUCCCAACCGGACCUGUGAGCUGGAAAACGGAGGAGAGCUGUGUGGCUGCGUGGAGCCGCCCCCCUAUGGUAACAACUCCCAUGACAUCAUUGAUGCAGAGGUGACCUGCAAGGCAGCCCAGAUGGAAGUGUCCAUAUCGAAGUGCAGACUCUUCCAGCUCGGCUUUGAGAGGGAGGGUGUGAGGAUCAAUGACAGACUGUGUUCCCACAUCGAGGGGGAAGAUUUCAUCUCCUUUCAGAUCAACAACACCAAAGGGAAUUGUGGCAACAUCGUGCAGUCCAAUGGCACUCAUAUCAUGUAUAAAAACACAGUCUGGAUCGAAAGUGCCAACAACACUGGCAACAUCAUCACUAGGGACCGGACGAUCAAUGUGGAAUUUUCGUGUGCUUAUGAGCUGGAUAUCAAGAUCUCUUUAGAUUCUGUUGUGAAGCCUAUGCUAAGUGUCAUUAACCUCACAGUUCCAACCCAAGAAGGCAGCUUCACCACCAAGAUGGCGCUCUACAAAAAUGCUUCCUACAAACACCCUUACCGCCAGGGCGAGGUGGUGUUGACAACUCGAGAUGUGCUGUACGUAGGGGUCUUUGUGGUUGGAGCUGACUCCACACACUUACUCCUAACGCUGAACAAAUGCUAUGCUACCCCCUCCCGUGACAGCAAUGACAAACUCCGGUACUUCAUCAUUGAAGGAGGGUGUCAGAACAUUAAAGAUAACACCAUUGGCAUCGAGGAGAACGGCGUCUCCCUAACCUGUCGCUUUCAUGUCACUGUCUUCAAGUUCAUUGGGGAUUACGAUGAAGUUCAUCUUCAUUGCGCGGUGUCACUGUGUGAUUCCGAAAAGUACUCCUGUAAAAUAACUUGCCCACAAAAUUCCAGGAUUGCCACAGAUUAUACCAAAGAACCUAAAGAACAGAUCAUUUCAGUGGGACCUAUUAGGAGAAAAAGGCUGGACUGGUGUGAGGACAACGGAGGGUGUGAGCAGAUUUGCACCAGCCGGGUCGAUGGACCCCUGUGUAGCUGUGUGACAGGGGCCCUGCAGGCGGAUGGCAAGAGCUGUAGAGCCUCUAAUUCUUCCAUUGAACUUCAAGUCUGGACGCUGCUUCUCAUCAUGACCCAGAUUUCACUAUGGCAUUUUGUCUAUAAAUCAGGCACGACCUCAUAA